UGCAGGUACAACGCCAAGAUGGCGACAUGCCGAUGUUUUGUAGUUGCUGUAGCCGUAUGACACCUGUUUUGGGUGAUAUUUUUAAUACCAUCGUUAGAUUCACAUUUUUAAAUAGGUGCCUUCAGCUUUGACGUGACCUGUGCCACGAUGGAAGUCUCACAGUACAGAGAUGACUCGGUUUCUCAAGAUGACGAUGCUUCGGACCUUAAGCUGCUAGUAGCUGAAAUGAAAAAUCAAAAUUUCGAUGUCAUCCGCUUUGCAUCGUACCGAACUGCUUGCAAGCUGAGGUUCGUUCAGAAGCGUGUCCACUUACACCUGGUGGACAUCUGGAACAUGAUCGAGGCAUUUCGAGAAAAUGGGUUGAACGUCCUCGAACCUCGUGCCGAGGUGUCGUUGGCACGUGCUAGAGGCCUGGUGGCAUCUGUGUAUUACCAGCUCAACAAACGUCUUCCACAUAGCCAGCAAGUUGAUGUCUCCCAGUGCAUUUCUCUUCUUAUAAACUGGCUGCUAGCGACCUACGAGCCGGAGGAUAACUCCGGGUUCCGGGUUUUGUCAUUGAAGAUAUCGUUGUCAAUUAUGUGUGCAGGGAAGCUGGUCGAUAAGCUUCGAUAUAUUUUCUCCCUCCUCGCGGACAACAAUGGGCAGCUGAUAAUGCAGCGGUUUGCAGAUUUCCUGCGAGAAGCUCAAGCGUUGCCUUUCUCGGUGUUCGAGUCUCCCACGUUUCAUUAUUCAGAUAUGCUUCCAGGAACCAUUUUUGAUCCUCACGCAAAAAUCACUGUCAACGACUUCCUUGAUGUACUUGCCGGCAACCACGGGCCGGACUGCCUCGUCUGGGUACCUCUUCUGCAUAGGCUGGCCAAUGUCGAAAAUGUGCUGCAUCCUGUUCAGUGCGACGGAUGCAAUCGUGAAUCUUUCCUGGGCUUCCGAUACAAGUGCCAGCGUUGUUAUAACUACCAGUUGUGCCAGGAUUGCUUUUGGAGAGGGCGUGUCUCGGGUUCGCACACUAACCAGCAUGAAGUUAAGGAGUACACAGCCUACAAAUCUCCAAGUAAGCAGCUCGGCCACUCCUUGCGCAAAUCCUUUCGCUGCGUUCCCGACAAGCCAGCUGGUCACCUGCCCAGGUUUCCAGAUGAGCCUGAGAGAACGUUGGACCUUUCCCACAUAGUUCCUCCUUCCCCGAUGCCAAGUCACAAUGGUUUUCCCGACCUGAGCUUCGGCCAGCCAUUUGACUCUUCUUCCGUCGACGGCCGAUCGUUACGGAGCCCUGUGCGCUACACUUCAAGCCUCGAGUCAAGGCACGACGAGGAACAUAGAUUGAUAGCACGAUACGCUGCACGUCUGGCACACACCCACGGGUUGCCUGUCCGGCAGAGCACUUCGGAGCUGAGUCUUUCUGCCGACACUUCGAGGCAGCGUGAACUCAUUGCUCAGCUGGAAGCAAAAAAUAGAGAGAUCAUGCGUGGAAUCAUGCGUCUGAGGCAGAACCAAGAGCAAGAAGAUGCCGCCUUGAGGGCAGCUCAGAAUCCAGCGCUGCUUUCCGAGUUAAGAGCACUGCGGCAGAGAAAACAGGAGCUGGAAGGACACCUGUCAUCUUUACAGGAUAGCCGCCGAGAUCUCAUGCUUCAGUUGGAGGCUCUCAUGAAGAUGCUCAAGAACCACCAGGCGUCUCCGAGAUCAACGCCGACAACUUCUCCGCACUCUGUCGCGUCGAAAUCUCCAUCCACCACGCACACGAGUGGCGGUCCAACCACACGCAGUGCACCGGCCACACCAGGGGGCACCGGAGCGGCUACGGGCCCCUCGGACAGCCUCACGGGGGUGGGUGACGACGUACGUCUGGCCUUUGGCAGGGCGCGGGGUGCAAAGAACUUGCGGGACGAUCUUUUAGUGGCAGCGGAUUCUGUGACCAACGCCAUGUCCUCGUUGGUGCGAGAACUGAACUCGGAAGACUCGGAAGGCGAUGACGCAGUAGGGGACAGCAAAGCGUUAAGCGGUAGCAGAGCUGACUGCGAAACAGAAGAUGGCGACAGCAUAGGGGGCGGUAACACGCUGUGGCGCGAGGACCUCCGACGGGAAACUGACUUCUUGGCCGAGAUACAGGCCAGAGACAUGGCCAAUCGACGCAAAAUUGGGGGACUGUCAACGAGCAAAGUGGACGAAGCGUCUCCGCCCCCUCCUCCCCCUCGGACUGCUGAGAAUGGAGAUGACGCAAAGGCAAAGAGGGAAGAUGACGAGGACAGUGAGCUGUAUGACAAUGAUCCGCAGGAUCUUGAUGCGUCUCCUACGUAUCAACGCCAUGCAUCGCUUGCAACAGAUGAUGAGAGUUACGUCAGAACAGAUGAUGAAGAGGAGGGCGCAAAUACGGACUGGGAAGACAACUUAAAGCGAUGGGUCAACCGCUAAAUGGACGUACGUGCGUACGUGACUUAGCUAGGCGGUACAACCGCCGUGUAAUGUAAAUAGUGAUGUGUGUCACUAGCCGCAAGAGCUAGUAAGGUAUGACCCCCAAAACGACGCUCCAGUUUUCUGAUGAACUACUAUGUAUAAAUAGGAAGUGACUUUUUCGGGUUAAACCCGAUUUCUCCCCGAAUUCCAGUCACCAUGAAAUCCUCAGGUGACGCUUCCACUGAAGACGAACAAAGGUUACAUCAUGUAACACAUGCAAGAAUGGGUCACUUACGUUCCCAGCAAUACACCCAUGUGUGUCAACAUUCUCUAUGUCUUCGGGGAUUACCGCUGGAAGGUCACAAUCCCGCAAAAAAAAAAAAAAAGAGAGAUUAGGGAAGGACUUAAUAGACAAGAGGAGAAACAAAGACACCCGAUAACAUCCGAAGGCACAAUUAUCGCCCGAUUUCUUCCCGAAUUACAGAUUUAAAAAUAGCACCCGAUUUUUACCCCCUGAAUCUGAGAGAGGCAUUUAACCCGAAAACGUCACUCCCUAUCUAUAAAUACCUGCAGCUGUGUUCACUGUAUGUAUGAUGCUGCAUUUCAAUGCAUAUAACCAAUGCCUAAAGUGCUAUCUGACUGGAUCUGUUUUCGGUAUUUAAAAACAUGAAGUAUUUCAGUUUUUUUCCAGUUUCGGUCACUUGGAAACUGUGAGUUACGUCGCACCAAAGCAGCUAAACUCUCUUAGUAUUAAUAUGUAAAGUAUUGUAUUACUGAACUAUGCUGCGCAAUGUAAUGUCUGUAGCUCCCUUACAAGCACACUCAAUUCUGCACUAAGAUUUGUUUAGUAACUUUGAGGAUGUGAAGGCAUGUUAACAGUGCUCACAUGCUCGCAACUUGGUACCUGUGGACCCGCCUCUGUGCUCUGUCUGUCAUGUGACUGUUCCCGUGUGGACUUCAACAAACUUGUAUGAACUAUGCAGGUGUCUGCAUUUAAGAAAUGUGAUCGCUCAUUGCUAAACGUGUACAAAAGCUGGAAAACAGCUCUGCAAAGAGAGAACAAUUUUGAGGCACGAGCGCCAAGCAAGACAUAUAUGUAUUUGGUUAGCCGCAACUGACAUUGGCUGCAAUAUAUGUUGUUUCUAAAUUUGGCUUAUCAGUUAUUAGAAGUCUAAUCUGCGUCAAUUUGCAAUUUAAUGAUGCAGUUAUCUUAGAGCAGUCGCCUGAAAUUGAAAUUUCGUUUAGAGCUUUGUUGUACAAUAUAUUUUGAGGCAGGACAAAGUGUAAAAUAAUGCUUGUGACCAUAUAUAGGCUCCAAAAAGUACAAUGCUAUGAUUCAUGUUGUACAUUGCUACAGCUCUGGCAAAGAACCAAGAACCCGUCAUGGCAAUGUUGUACGAUAAAUUUUGUGGAAAGUGUUUGAGGUAGACACAAUAUUUAACUCUCGAAGUUCAAACUAGUUAGUGGAAUAACAAGAUAUUUUAAGAUCUGCUAAGGUAAAGAAUAUGCCAUUCCAAGAACACUUUCAUUCUUUCUGCCUGUGGCUUGCUCAGAUUCUGCUGGCUGAUCCAGAUUAGAUGCAGAGUGUAAUGACACUAAAGAAAACUUCCUGGUGAUUAAUUAUCACAUCUAGCAAAAUGCUAUAUUGCUGUUUGCUAGCACUUCUUAUAUGCAUAUCUACUAUAGCUAGAAGGUAUUGUACAUUGUUUAUGUAUGACCAUGGAAAAAAGAAAGUAGCACUAUACUUCUUUUUGUAGAACUACAAAUUAUCCCUUUUAUGAUCCUGGUUUGCAUGAUGUUCAUGAGAUUUGUUUCUUUCAAAGCAAGUGUGAUCUCAUCAGAUAUCUUAUCGUGCACAUGUUUGCACACUGGACAACAACACACUUGACUUGUGUCACCAAUUCUGACCAAUACUGUGUCCUGGUAAAUAAUACUUUACUGAUUCCUAUCAAAGAGACCAUGUGAUUGGUGUUCUAUUUAUUACCUAUUACUAAAAUUAUAUUUCCUCUUCCCUAUUUCUGUGUUUGACUGUGAUAAGGGUAACAAAGACAACUAUUGAAACAGAAUAGUUAUUCUCUAUCAGUAUUGCCUGUCAUCCCUUUGAAGUGUCCAUAAACAUAAAGAGUGUAUGUCACUGCACAACUUCUGCAUAACAGCAGUACUUGUAGAUACCUAUAUUAAAGUAUGACCGCAUGACCAUGUGUACACUGCGCACGUGUCACAUGUAUAUGCCACGUCGGAUGUGUGUCGUGUCUCAUGUUAACUUGUGCAAGCACUGGGCUUCGGAAACUUGUAUACAAAUUAUACAUACAUGUAAACGUUUUGAGAACCAUUUAUAGUGUAAGCAUUUGUUAUUGGUGCAGCAUAAUAAAUUUCACUUCUCUUGUUCA